AUGACAGGAGCCGGGGAGCCGAGGAGGGAGGAGCCGCCGCCGCCGAGCGCUGGGCUGAGGAGCAGAGAGAGCGGGGCGCGGAGUGCGGGCGGCUGGGAGCGCGCUGAGCGGGGGAGAGGCGCAGCCGCACGGCCGGCCACAGGACCACCUCCCCGGAGAAUAGGGCCUCUUUAUGGCAUGUGGCUGGUAACUUUCCUCCUGCUCCUGGACUCUUUACACAAAGCCCGCCCUGAAGAUGUUGGCACCAGCCUCUACUUUGUAAAUGACUCCUUGCAGCAGGUGACCUUCUCCAGCUCUGUGGGGGUGGUGGUGCCCUGCCCAGCCGCGGGCUCCCCCAGCGCGGCUCUUCGAUGGUACCUGGCUACGGGGGACGACAUCUAUGACGUACCACACAUCCGGCACGUCCAUGCCAACGGGACGCUGCAGCUCUACCCCUUCUCCCCCUCCGCCUUCAAUAGCUUUAUCCACGACAAUGACUACUUCUGCACCGCGGAGAAUGCUGCCGGCAAGAUCCGGAGCCCCAACAUCCGCGUCAAAGCAGUCUUCAGGGAACCCUACACCGUCCGGGUGGAGGAUCAAAGGUCAAUGCGUGGAAACGUGGCCGUCUUCAAGUGCCUCAUCCCCUCCUCAGUGCAGGAAUAUGUUAGCGUUGUGUCUUGGGAGAAAGACACAGUCUCCAUCAUCCCAGAAAACAGGUUUUUUAUUACUUCCCACGGCGGGCUCUACAUCUCUGACGUACAGAAGGAGGACGCCCUCUCCACCUACCGCUGCGUCACCAAGCACAAGUACAGCGGGGAGACCCGGCAGAGCAAUGGGGCCCGCCUCUCUGUGACAGACCCCACCGAGUCGAUCCCCACCAUCCUGGACGGCUUCCACUCCCAGGAAGUGUGGGUCGGCCACACCGUGGAACUUCCCUGCACCGCCUCGGGGUACCCCAUCCCUGCCAUCCGCUGGCUCAAGGAUGGACGACCCCUCCCAGCUGACAGCCGCUGGACCAAGCGCAUCACGGGGCUGACCAUCACUGACCUGCGGACCGAGGACAGCGGCACCUACAUCUGUGAGGUCACCAACACCUUCGGUUCAGCAGAGGCCACAGGCAUCCUCACAGUCAUUGACCCCCUUCACGUGACCCUGACACCAAAGAAGCUGAAGACCGGCAUUGGCAGCACGGUCAUCCUCUCCUGUGCCCUGACGGGCUCCCCAGAGUUCACCAUCCGCUGGUACCGCAACACCGAGCUGGUGCUGCCCGACGAGGCCAUCUCCAUCCGCGGGCUCAGCAACGAGACCCUGCUCAUCACCUCGGCCCAGAAGAGCCAUUCCGGGGCCUACCAGUGCUUUGCCACCCGCAAGGCCCAGACCACCCAGGACUUCGCCAUCAUCACGCUUGAGGACGGCACGCCCCGCAUCGUCUCGUCCUUCAGUGAGAAGGUGGUCAACCCCGGGGAGCAGUUCUCACUGAUGUGUGCGGCCAAGGGCGCCCCGCCCCCCACGGUCACCUGGGCCCUGGACGACGAGCCCAUCGUGCGGGACGGAAACCACCGCACCAAUCAGUACACCAUGUCCGACGGCACCACCAUCAGCCACAUGAACGUCACAGGCCCCCAGAUCCGCGACGGGGGCGUGUACCGGUGCACGGCGCGGAACUCGGUGGGCAGUGCUGAAUAUCAGGCGCGAAUAAACGUAAGAGGCCCCCCCAGCAUCCGGGCGAUGAGGAACAUCACAGCAGUCGCCGGGCGGGACACCCUCAUCAACUGCAGGGUCAUCGGCUACCCCUACUACUCCAUCAAGUGGUACAAGGAUGCCCUGCUGCUGCCAGACAACCACCGGCAGGUGGUGUUCGAGAACGGGACCCUCAAGCUGACAGAUGUGCAGAAGGGCAUGGACGAAGGGGAGUACCUGUGCAGUGUCCUCAUCCAGCCCCAGCUCUCCAUCAGCCAGACCGUCCAUGUGGCCGUCAAAGUGCCCCCUCUGAUCCAGCCCUUUGAGUUCCCACCCGCCUCCAUUGGCCAGCUGCUCUACAUCCCCUGUGUGGUGUCCUCGGGGGACAUGCCCAUCCGCAUCACCUGGAGGAAGGAUGGACAGGUGAUCAUCUCAGGCUCGGGCGUGACCAUCGAGAGCAAGGAAUUUAUGAGCUCCCUGCAGAUCUCUAGUGUCUCCCUCAAGCACAAUGGCAACUACACGUGCAUCGCCAGCAAUGCAGCAGCCACCGUGAGCAGGGAACGCCAGCUCAUCGUGCGCGUGCCCCCUCGAUUUGUGGUGCAGCCCAACAACCAGGACGGCAUCUAUGGCAAAGCCGGUGUGCUCAACUGCUCUGUGGACGGCUACCCCCCUCCCAAGGUCAUGUGGAAGCACGCCAAGGGGAGCGGGAGCCCCCAGCAGUACCACCCAGUACCCCUCACUGGCCGCAUCCAGAUCCUGCCCAACAGCUCGCUGCUGAUCCGCCACGUCCUAGAAGAGGACAUCGGCUACUACCUCUGCCAGGCCAGCAACGGCGUGGGCACCGACAUCAGCAAGUCCAUGUUCCUCACUGUCAAGAUCCCAGCCAUGAUCACCUCCCACCCCAACACCACCAUCGCCAUCAAGGGCCAUGCCAAGGAGCUGAACUGCACGGCGCGGGGUGAGCGGCCCAUCAUCAUCCGCUGGGAGAAGGGGGACACGGUCAUCGACCCCGACCGCGUCAUGCGGUACACCAUCGCCACCAAGGACAACGGCGAUGAAGUUGUCUCCACACUGAAGCUCAAACCAGCUGACCGUGGGGACUCUGUGUUCUUCAGCUGCCACGCCAUCAACUCCUAUGGGGAAGACCGGGGCUUGAUCCAACUCACGGUGCAAGAGCCCCCUGACCCCCCAGAGCUAGAGAUCCGGGAGGUCAAGGCCCGGAGCAUGAACCUGCGCUGGACCCAGCGAUUCGAUGGGAACAGCAUCAUCACAGGCUUCGAUAUUGAAUACAAGAACAAAUCAGAUUCCUGGGACUUCAAGCAGUCCACGCGCAACAUCUCCCCCACCAUCAACCAGGCCAACAUCGUGGACUUGCACCCGGCAUCGGUGUAUAGCAUCCGCAUGUACUCCUUCAACAAGAUUGGCCGCAGCGAGCCAAGCAAGGAGCUCACCAUCAGCACUGAGGAGGCCGCUCCUGACGGGCCCCCCAUGGAUGUCACCUUGCAGCCAGUGACCUCACAGAGCAUCCAAGUGACCUGGAAGGCACCCAAGAAGGACCUGCAGAACGGUGUCAUCCGUGGCUAUCAGAUCGGCUACAGGGAGAACAGCCCUGGCAGCAAUGGGCAGUACAGCAUCGUGGAGAUGAAGGCCACCGGGGACAGUGAGGUCUACACUCUGGACAACCUCAAGAAGUUCGCCCAGUAUGGGGUGGUGGUGCAGGCCUUCAACCGGGCUGGCACGGGGCCCUCCUCCAGCGAGAUCAAUGCCACCACCCUGGAGGACGUGCCCAGCCAGCCCCCCGAGAACGUCCGGGCCCUGUCCAUCACAUCUGACGUGGCCGUCAUCUCCUGGUCGGAGCCCCCGCGCAGCACCCUCAAUGGUGUCCUCAAAGGCUAUAGGGUCAUCUUCUGGUCACUCUACGUUGAUGGGGAAUGGGGCAGAAGACAAAAUGAUACCUCCUCCAGGAAGCUCCCCAGAUUGAUCUGCCUCACUCUCCCCACUCUGUCAUUCUUUCCCAAAGGCUGUGCUCCUCCUUCCUCUAAAGUGACCAGGCCUUCUCCCUUCUCAGUUCCAGGUCCCCCUGCUGGCAUCAAAGCUGUCCCUUCAUCACCUAGCAGUGUGGUUGUGUCUUGGCUCCCCCCAACCAAGCCCAAUGGGGUGAUCCGCAAGUACACCAUCUUCUGCUCCAGCCCGGGGUCUGGCCAACCGGCUCCCAGCGAGUAUGAGACGAGUCCAGAGCAGCUCUUCUACCGGAUCGCCCACCUAAACCGCGGGCAGCAGUACUUGCUGUGGGUGGCCGCCGUCACCUCUGCUGGCCGGGGCAACGGCAGUGAGAAGGUCACCAUAGAGCCUGCCGGCAAGGCCCCAGCAAAGAUCAUCUCAUUUGGGGGCACCGUGACGACACCCUGGAUGAAAGACGUCCGACUGCCAUGCAAUUCAGUGGGAGAUCCAGCCCCUGCUGUGAAGUGGACCAAGGACAGUGAAGACUCAGCCAUCCCUGUGUCCAUGGACGGGCACCGGCUCAUCCACACCAACGGCACGCUGCUGCUGCGUGCAGUGAAGGCGGAGGACUCGGGCUACUACACCUGCACGGCCACCAACACUGGUGGCUUUGACACCAUCAUCGUCAACCUUCUGGUGCAAGUUCCCCCGGACCAGCCCCGCCUCACUGUCUCCAAAACCUCAGCUUCGUCCAUCACCCUGACCUGGAUUCCAGGGGACAAUGGGGGAAGUUCCAUCCGAGGCUUCGUGCUGCAGUACUCGGUGGACAACAGUGAGGAGUGGAAGGAUGUGUUCAUCAGCUCGAGUGAGCGGUCCUUCAAGCUGGACAGCCUCAAGUGUGGCACGUGGUACAAGGUGAAGCUGGCGGCCAAGAACAGCGUGGGCUCUGGGCGCAUCAGCGAGAUCAUCGAGGCCAAGACCCACGGGCGGGAGCCCUCCUUCAGCAAAGACCAACACCUCUUCACCCACAUCAACUCCACGCAUGCUCGGCUUAACCUGCAGGGCUGGAACAACGGGGGCUGCCCUAUCACAGCCAUUGUCCUGGAGUACCGGCCCAAGGGGACCUGGGCCUGGCAGGGCCUCCGGGCCAACAGCUCCGGGGAGGUGUUUCUGACCGAACUGCGAGAGGCCACGUGGUACGAGCUACGCAUGAGGGCUUGCAACAGUGCUGGCUGCGGCAACGAGACUGCCCAGUUUGCCACCCUGGACUACGAUGGCAGCACCAUCCCACCCAUCAAGUCUGCUCAAGGUGAAGGCGAUGAUGUGAAGAAGCUGUUCACCAUCGGCUGCCCGGUCAUUCUGGCCACGCUGGGGGUGGCCUUGCUCUUCAUUGUACGCAAGAAGAGAAAGGAGAAGCGGCUGAAGCGGCUCCGAGAUGCAAAGAGUUUGGCAGAAAUGUUGAUAAGCAAGAACAACCGAAGCUUUGACACCCCUGUGAAAGGCCCACCCCAGGGCCCACGGCUACACAUUGACAUCCCCAGGGUUCAGCUUCUUAUCGAGGACAAGGAGGGCAUCAAGCAGCUGGGAGAUGACAAGGCCACCAUUCCUGUGACGGAUGCUGAGUUCAGCCAAGCUGUCAACCCGCAGAGCUUUUGUACUGGUGUCUCCUUGCACCACCCAGCCCUCAUCCAGAGCACAGGACCCCUCAUCGACAUGUCGGACAUCCGGCCAGGAACCAAUCCAGUGUCUAGGAAGAAUGUGAAGUCAGCCCACAGCACUCGGAACCGGUACUCGAGCCAGUGGACCCUGACCAAGUGCCAGGCCUCCACACCCGCCCGCACCCUCACCUCCGACUGGCGCACUGUGGGCUCCCAGCAUGGUGUCACUGUCACUGAGAGUGACAGCUACAGUGCCAGCCUGUCCCAGGACACAGACAAAGGUCGGAACAGCAUGGUAUCUACGGAGAGUGCCUCUUCUACCUAUGAGGAGCUGGCCCGAGCCUAUGAGCACGCCAAGCUGGAGGAGCAGCUGCAGCAUGCCAAGUUUGAGAUAACUGAGUGCUUCAUCUCCGACAGCUCCUCUGACCAGAUGACCACAGGCACCAACGAGAACGCUGACAGCAUGACGUCCAUGAGCACACCCUCAGAGCCCGGCAUCUGCCGCUUCACCUCCUCCCCACCCAAGCCCCAGGAUGCUGACCGGGGCAAAAAUGUGGCUGUGCCCAUCCCUCACCGGGCCAACAAGAGUGACUAUUGCAACCUGCCCCUGUAUGCCAAGUCGGAGGCCUUCUUCCGAAAGGCAGACGGACGCGAGCCCUGCCCCAUGGUCCCACCCCGCGAGGCCUCCAUCCGGAACCUGGCUCAUGGGUGCAAUAUGAAAUCCGCCAUUUCAGUGGGAGUUGUUGAUUCGAUAAAACUUUAUUUCUCACAUAUGCAACAGUCCAACGCAAAUCCAGUUUCCUGAGCUGCUCGCCUCCAAACAAUGACUCGGGUCCAGGCUACUUCCAUCUCCCCCAGCUCUCACCCCACCCCCGCCGAGCCCCCUGCUGCCCCCAGCGCUGCCCCACCGGCCCCCAGCACCGAGCCUCCGCGGGGCGGGGGCCCACACACCAAAAUGGGGGGCUCCAGGGACUCACUUCUCGAGAUGAGCACGUCGGGGGUUGGGCGGUCUCAGAAGCAGGGGGCUGGGGCUUACUCCAAAUCCUACACCCUGGUGUAGGGCACCAGCUUAUGCUUGGACCUCCAGCACCUCCAGCCCUCACACCAACUUGGCUGUUUUCCUGCAUUAUUUAUAUUAAACUGACACACAAAAACCAAGCAACGACAAAAAAGAAAACCCCCAAGUCAUGAACACUUGUACAUAGAACUCUUUUGUACAAAUGAAACUAUUUUCUUCUUCUCCAUGAAGCCAGGGCACAAAGAAUUUGACAGUACAAGUCAAAUCCCCCACCCCACAAAAUAUGUGUGGAGAUAUAUAUACAUAUAUAGAGAGAUGGGAACACAUCAACGAGCUAUAUAUCUAUAUGUUUCUCUCACCUUAUUUUGAGAAAGGCACAAAGACUCAGCAAUUUUUUCCCUCCUACUCACCCCCCUCCCAUCUAGGUGGUUUUGACAAACACCAAAAUCCCAACUCAGAGACACUGCAUGCGAUUUUACUGUUCCAAGAAAACCAGGAGUUGCUUCAAUUUGCAGAUGCUUAUGUGUUAAUACCUUUUUCUAUGAAAAAAGACCCAGCGCCGUGUGCAAUAAAGGUUAUGUUUCUA